AUGCUUCAUGGAGCUUCGACUACCGGGGACGCUAAACUUGUACGGUGUCCAAAGAGAACUCUCGAGAGAUUACGGCAUCUAAACGAAGCUGAGAUCAUCACUCUCUUCACGCCAAUUGUCCCACAUCCUCCUUCUACAACGCUGGCGAAGGAUAUGGAUCCGUUUGAGCCUUUGGGCCGGGUGUUGCCACGAAAAGUACGACAUGUCCCAUACCGCCUUGACCACGGCAAAACCGAAACGCACGCCGACUUUCUACCCUCGAGUGGAGCAGUUAUAAUUGUUAUUUGUGCGACGGCCAAUGUCCUCAGAUAUGAUGCUCACGCCUUUGAGAAACAGUUGCAGUUUGCUCGGGGCAUAGCAAAGGACAUCAAGGAGAACAACACAAUAGCCAGCAUCCCUUCUGCAGUGCUCCUCAUCAGCGAUGACGCUGCUGGGAGGGGCUAUGUUGAUGCCAUUUGCGAUCUCCCGGCAGUUAUUACGGCCAACGAUUACACAGCUGCAGCAUUGAACAAUGCUGUCCAAGUUCUGUUUGGGAUCUGA